CUGAUUUCUCUCCCGCCUGAAGUUUUCCAAUUAGCUCCGACACUGACAGACGCUGCUGCGGGUUCCAGCUGCAGCAGGACUUGAUGAUGGAGUAUCUGCAGACCCGGUGAGUUGGAGCAGGUGGCCGGCCUCUUGAGGUGCUUUCCUCUCUGUAGAUGCUGAAGAAGUUCAGUCGCCAUGAGCUGAGCAAAUGGAAGCCCAGCAGGUCCCUGUGCUGCAGCUCCUCCACAGCCAUCAUGACAGGCAGCUGCACUGAAACCACACCGAGCAGCGCGGGGAGGAACGGGUGCGGCCCCAGCCCUGACACGAAGGAGGCGAAACCCAAAAAGUGCUGCUUCUCCGCGCUGUUUGCCGUUUCUGAAGAAGAAGAGCUCUAUGGGGAGUACCAAGAGAACCAAGGCGGCUCGGGCAGACGGGAGGCCACGCGCCUGCUGACAGAGAGACAGAUCAAGAAACAUGGCAGCCAUCCACGCAGCAGCCACGGGAGGACACGACAUGGCCGCUGUAGCCACGGUCAAAAUGGAAACCACAGUCGACACGGACAUCAGCACAGCUACCACAGCAGGCAGAGGAACAGGCGUCAGUCCAACAUGGAGACGGAGGCUGCAGACGAGCAAACAGCCGAACCCGACCUCACGUCAUCUUUAAAGAAGGAACGCUCCUACUCCAAGUGCAGAGACUGUAUAGCACGGGUCCAGAGGUUCCUUGUGACCAGGCUGGGAGAAGACUGGAUCUUCCUUGUUCUGUUGGGCAUCACGAUGGCACUGGUCAGCUGGACAAUGGACUACGCCAGCGCAAAGAGCCUGCAAGCCUAUAAAUGGAUUCACGGGGAGCUGAGGGGGAACAUCCCGCUGCAGUUCCUGGCCUGGGUUUCAUACCCCCUGAUGUUCAUCCUGUUCUCCUCCCUCUUCUGUCACCUGGUUUCUCCUCAAGCUAUCGGUUCUGGUAUCCCGGAGUUGAAGACCAUCCUGAGAGGAGUGGUGCUAAAGGAAUAUUUAACUCUGAAGGCCUUUGUUGCUAAAGUCAUCGGUCUGACUGCUGCCCUGGGCAGCGGGAUGCCUGUAGGCAAAGAGGGCCCGUUUGUUCACAUUGCCAGUAUCUGUGCUGCCGUGCUCAGCAGGUUCAUGUCCUUCUUCUCAGGAGUUUAUCAGAAUCCAUACUGUUACACAGACAUCCUGACAGUCGGCUGUGCGGUCGGGGUGGGCUGCUGCUUCGGUACUCCACUUGGAGGCGUGCUCUUCAGCAUAGAGGUAACAUCCACGUACUUUGCCGUGAGAAACUACUGGAGAGGAUACUUCGCUGCUACGUUCAGUGCCUUCAUAUUCAGAGUGCUCUCUGUGUUCAACAAAGACGCCGUCACCAUCACUGCUCUGUUCAGGACAAACUUCCGCAUGGAUUUCCCUUUCGACCUGCAGGAGCUGCCGGCGUUCGCCAUCAUCGGGAUCUCCUGCGGGUUCCUGGGAGCGUUCUUCGUCUAUCUCAACAGACAGGUGGUGCUGUUCAUGAGGCGACCCAACGCCAUGACCCGCUUCCUGACCAAAUACCGGCUGAUCUUUCCCGCCGUAGUAACGCUGGUCAUCGCCACCUUGACCUUCCCGCCUGGGUUUGGACAGUUCAUGGCAGGAGAGCUGAUGCCCAGAGAGUGCAUCAGUUCUCUGUUUGACAACUUUACGUGGACGAAGAUUUCGGGAUCUCCUCUUCCGGUCGGCCUGGGUCGCUCUGCUGCCUGGCUGCACCCCGAUGUCAGCGUCUUCCUCAUCCUGCUGCUCUUCUUCAUCAUGAAGUUCUGGAUGUCUGCCGUGGCCACCACCAUGCCCAUACCGUCCGGAGCCUUCAUGCCUGUCUUCAUACUGGGAGCUGCGUUCGGCAGGCUCGUUGGGGAGAUCAUGGCCACGCUGUUUCCUCACGGGAUCGUGUUUGAUGGCAUCCUUUACCGCAUCAUCCCCGGAGGGUACGCAGUCAUUGGAGCGGCAGCCUUGACCGGGGCUGUGACUCACACCGUGUCCACAGCGGUUAUCUGCUUCGAGCUGACAGGUCAGAUCUCCCACAUCCUGCCCAUGAUGGUGGCAGUAAUCCUGGCCAACAUGGUGGCUCAGGGCCUGCAGCCGUCCCUGUACGACUCCAUCAUCCAGGUCAAGAAGCUGCCGUACCUGCCGGAGCUCGGCUUUGGCCACAUGAGCCAGUACAACAUCUUUGUAGAAGACAUCAUGGUGACAAAGGUGAAGUUUAUAUCGUCUCAGUCCACGUACAGAGAGGUCAAACUCCUGCUGGACUCCUCCUCGCUCAAAUCAAUCCCACUGGUCGACUCAAAAGAUUCUAUGAUCCUAUUGGGCAGCAUUGACAGGUUGGAGCUUCUGGCUCUCUGUGAUUGGUGGCUGUCACCAGAGAGAAGGCUCCUGAUGCAGGGUCGGAGCCUGCAGGAGCAGAACCUGCCUCACAAACACAGCUGGGAGUCCUUUGCUUUCGUUGAUGAGGAGGAAGAGGAGGAUGGGGAGAAGGGCAGCCCGGUGCAGGAGGAGAGGAACGGCCCUCUGCCUCCUCCAAAGCCUCAGGAGCCUUCCUCAAACCACACUGCUCCUGUUCCUGGUCAUCUACAGUCUGUGAGGAAAACACUCAGGAAUCUCUUCACCUCUACGAGCAGACAGACAGAGGGACAGUCACAGGAGCCCUGUCCUCCUCCCCUGUCAGACACCAUGACACCAGAGGAGAUCAAAGCGUGGGAAGAGGGAGAGACGGACAAGCCGAUGGAAAUCGAUGAGAUACGAGUGGACCCUUCCCCUUUCCAGCUGGUUGAGAGAACGUCAUUACACAAGACUCACACUUUGUUCUCACUGCUGGGGCUCAGUCAUGCUUAUGUGACCAGUAUCGGCAAACUGGUGGGAGUAGUGGCGCUGAAAGAGCUCCAGAAGGCCAUCGAGGGCUCCACGCGCUCCGGCGUCCGGCUCCGUCCUCCUCUCGCCAGUUUCCGCGACAUCAGCAAGCACAACUCCGUCACCAAACCUCCAACUUCUACUCCUUCCUCUCCGACCUCUGCAUCCUCUCCAUCAGCUCCUACCGCUGCCCAGCCUCCUUCCUCCUCUCCCCCUCACCAUCACCACCACCACCACCACCACCAUCAUCAUCAUCGUUGCCAGGAGAACGAAACGGAGGUGCGGAUCGAGGGCGUGAAGCAGGAGGUGGAGGAGACCAGCAUCUGCAGUGCGGGGAGCGGCGGUGGCAGCAGCACGGGGGCCUGCACUUCACUCAGUAGGAGUUGUAGCUAUAACAGCAACCUCAACCUUCCUCCUUCCUUCACUCCUCCCCCAGUCCCUUCCUCCUCCACUCCACCUCCUCCUCCUCCUUCUUAUCCACCUCCCCCUCCUUCCCCCUUCAUCCCUCUCUCCACCCUGAGACCCACACAGGGACUCUUUGACAGCGACGAUGAGCCAAUGGUGUAGAUCAGACAGGUGUGAUGGUUAUGUUUUUUAUAAUGGAAAACUUUUUUAAUGGUGUGAGUUGUUGUUUUGUUUUUUUUCUUCUGUUCUUAAUUUGUGGCUCCGGUCUUUGGAAACUCAUUUACCUCUUUCUGUCACCACCAGAGCAAACGCUGUGUUUGCUUGAAGCUACGCCGAGUUAGGGAGUUUAUCCCGCCCUCACUGCUCCUGUCUGUCAAACCUGCUCACCCCAACCUGUCCGUCACUUUCUUAAGAAGUUGUGUAUGUUUUUUUUGAUACGUGUCCGGUCGCGCUUCCUCCUCAUUUUCUCUUUCUCAUUGAUUUACUGAACCCCAGACUGAAGUUGCUGCUAAUAUCCCCUGUUUUAAAUAUUUAUACCAAAGAUUCUUCCACGAUUAUUUCCCUGUGAGCGGGCGAUCGCGUCCAAAUCAGCAUUAAAGGGAAACGUUGCUGAUUUCCAACCUGCUUUGUGUCUUAACAAUGUCUGGAUGCAGUGAUUGAAAUUGUUACUGUCACUUACAGUCAAUUGAUUAGCUGUGCGUUAAGAGCAACAGAGCAGGGAAAGGAGCGCUGCAGUGUUUCUUAAUUAAUGCUGAGCCAAACAGCAUGUAAGAGCAGAACACCUGCAAAAACCAAAUGUGAUAUUCAUCCAUCUGUAUUCUUGUGAAAUACAUUAUAAUACAUUAUAAUUAUGAAACCGUUAGAUCAGGAUUUUUCUUCGUGCCACCAAAAUCUAUAAUGGAUUUCACGUCCCUUCGUGUUGCCUGCACCCAGAGCUUCACUUGUUGCUGUUCAAACUGCAAAUUGUCCUUUUGAAUUUUUUGGCACGCUGAACUUCACCGACAGUCGGAUUGAGAGAAGAAAGCUGGUUGAAAUUCAGCGACGUUUCCCUUAAAGGCAACUACUGUUGAAACUCUGAAAAGUAAUUUGUUGCUUGUGCCAUCUUGAGCAAGAUAAACCCGACCGUUAAAUCGUAGAUAGAAAACAUUACUGAGGAAUAAAUAUACAACAUGCUGCGAUCAUUUGCAUCGUGCCAGUUUUGAUUUGGAUUAAUUAGACUGUGUCACCGUGUCCUCCAGCACAGUGAACCCACUGAACCUCUGCACAGUAGCUCUGUGUUUCCCAAUCUUUUAUGUGUCUUUUUU